AUGCAGAAGACACCAGACGAACCUUACAACCAAAGCCUAAAGUUUAUUGGGAUUGUAAAUAAUAAUAUAAUUUUAUUCUAUCAUAGUGAUGAGAGAAGAAGUGAUGGACCUGCAGAGAAAGAUCUCUCUUCAAGACCACAAGAAUAUACAGAAAAACUGAAGUCAUCCAUCAAACAACAAACCGAUUUUCUGUUGUCAGAGGAAGAAGACAAGAAAAUUAGAACCGAUGACAUCUUUACGAGUGUGACUAUCCAACGCGGUCCAAAACACUUCGAGGAACCCAAAGAAAAACAAUUGGAUGAAAUUCAAGCAAGUACUAGAAAACCUCUCACAAACUGUUCAGAAAUGUUUCUUUGCCCGGAAAAUGAUAAUCAGCAAUCAACAGCUUCUUGCACGACCAAUCCUAAAUCUAUCUUGUUGACGGGCAAAGCAGGAAUUGGAAAAUCCCUUUUUUGUCGUAAGCUGGUACGGGAUUGGUCGCAUAACCGAUUGUUUGAGGAAGGUCAAGAAAAUGCCAAAGUACCCGAUUUUCAGUUUGUGUUCCUGUUGACAUUCCGUCAACUUCUUCUUCCAGAAGAAAAAAGGCUUGACUUACGUGAUAUCUUAAAUCGGUCUUCCCUACUGAACGAGCACUCGGUGAUAGACGAGCCAUUACUGCAGUACAUGAUUGAAAAUCCUGAGAAGCUGCUCAUCAUACUCGAUGGGUAUGAUGAGUAUAAACAACGAAAGAAAAUCACCGGGGACUUUGAGACAAGAUACCCAAACGACCCUCAUGAAAAAAUGCCUGUUCCUGCUCUGAUUGCCAAAAUCAUGAAAGGAAAGAUGUUAAACGGUGCAGUGGUCCUAAUAUCCUCGAGGCCUGAAGAAGCCGAGGAAUUAAAAGAAAUUGUCUUUGAUGUGAGAUGUGACAUUCAAGGAUUUUCUUCACUUCAAGUGCUAGAAUACAUCGAAAAAUAUUUUAAAGCCAACGAAAGCAUGAAGAACAAAGCACUCGAUCACAUCAAAACGAAUGAAAUUCUUUUAAGUUUUGGUCACAUUCCUGUGAUGUGUUUUCUAAUGUGCUACUAUAUUAAAUGGUACAUGACUGAAUCCAAAACCACAGAAAAACUACCCGUCACAAGAACAGAACUUUAUCUUGAAGUAACCAUAUUAUUUAUCAAGAAACAUUCCUUUUCUAAAUAUGAAGAAAUGGAAGAAACUAAAGUACAAGAAAUAUUACAUAAACUAGCUGAAAUAGCGGUGAAUUUAAUGAUGGAAGAUAAAUAUAUUUUCAACGAAAAUGAUAUGAAAAAAUUCAAACUUAGCGAUGAAGAAAUAACAAGCCUGAAAGCGAGUGGAUUACUUGACUGUUGUCCUGGCGUUAAAAAAUCUCCAUUCGAUAAACCACCACUUGAAUUUACGUUCACCCACAGGACGAUUCAAGAAUUUCUCUGUGCUUUUUUUAUUUCUAGUGCUGAUUCACUGUCGCUGGGUGUUUGUAAAUUAGACGAUGAAUGUGCUAAAAUAAUAUGUGACAUGUUGCCUCGUACUAAUAUAAAACGCCUAUACCUAAAUGCUAAUAAUAUAACAGAUGUUGGUGUUAAAAUAAUAUGUGAUAUGCUGCCUGGUACUAACAUAACACACCUACACCUAGGUGCUAAUGAUAUAACAGAUGUGGGUGUUGAAACAAUAUGUGAUAUGCUGCCUGGUACUAACAUAACACACCUAUACCUAGGUUAUAAUAAUAUAACAGAUGUGAGUGUUGAAAUAAUAUGUGAUAUGUUGCCUCGUACUAAUAUAACACACCUAGACCUAGGUUGGAAUAAAAUAACAGAUGUUGGUGUUAAAAUAAUAUGUGACAUGUUGCCUCGUACUAAGAUAACAGACCUUAACCUAGAUGUUAAUAAGAUAACAAAUGUUGGUGCUCAGUGUCUGUGUUCAGUAUUAAAACGUGAUGAUUGUGGUGUAAAAGUGUUAGACUUGCAUAAUAAUAACAUAACACGUUUGGGAAGUGAAGGUGGUUGUAUCAAAGGAGAAUGUGCCAUGAGAGAUGAUGUAGAAGUCUCUGGCAUUUGUGGUUCAGUGGAGAGUAACACGGGAGAGGCAGUGAUAGGUGAAAAUGCGGGUGGAGGAAGAAAGUUAGAAGGUUCAGCAGUAAGCGGGGAACUCCUUGCGGGCUCGAUAGAUAAUUGGUCUGAUGGUGACUGA